AUGGCAUAUCCGUACCGCAGUCGAUUUUUCCAGAAGUGUCCGGAGUACAUUCCCCCGACUAGUGAGGAGGACGCCCAGGUCGACCCUAGGACAAAGCUGAGGCCCCCCUGCGAGCAGAAGUGCGCCAAAUACAACAAACUCUACGACGAAUGCGUUGAACGCGUCACUAAGAGGAACGAGUUGAUUCAGAAGGGGGAGUCCGAACUUGAGCUCGGCCACUGCCUAGGUCAGCACUACGACCUGGUCAGCUGCGUCGACAACUGCGUAAGUGGCCAAGGACCUUUUUCGGUACCUCAAGUAGCACACAUGGUUACCGUCCUCGUAUUAGCAACCGUGGCUGUUUUACACGACGAUCUGGCCUCAGAUAAAUAA